GUGGUUAACCGCCUCGCAUUAAUAUUUUUAUAAAAUACUACUUCUUUUUUUCUUCUUCCCAGAGCUUCUUCGUUCUUACCUUUCAAUUUGUCACUUUUUGCUGUACUAUAUCGCUUAUUUGCACAUCGGAUCCAGCCGUUGAAAAAAACAGUUCAUCAACCCUCUUUUCCUUAGUAUAUCACUAUCCCGAAAGAUCACCAUCCGGCCAAGCCAUUUGACGACACUGCAUCUACCGCCAACAUCCCAGCCUUUUGAAAUCAGCAAGAAUUUAGCUUUAAUAAAUACGUUAUCAUAAUAGGUAAUAGAGGGUCUUUCAAGUACAAUAAAAAGGAUAUAUUUUGGUAGAUUCGACAAAUUCAAAUACGAUUUGCUUCGUUCAUAUUAGAAGCAAAAGAUCAAGACAAGGGUGCAACAUCAGUAGCAUGUAUAUUACCUACGAUACGCAACAGUACCCGAUAUUCGCCGAUGGUGACAUUGCAUUGUACGGCGACCGGAAGACUUCGAGACUGCAAGCACUGGAACGGAGCAGCGAGCGACCGCCACCGGGCAUCCGUCAUCUCAUGGCUUUGUCCAAAGCUGCAAAGAGCCCGUUCCGGGUCCCGCCGCGUCUCGUACGUACAUCUGACAUGUCGAUCGUCCCAGGAACAGAAGCACAUAAGCAAGGCUAUUGCGCACUUUCGUAUCCUUGGAACUGGUCUGGUGACAUUGUCGUCCGUGGCAAAGAAAACAGCAUUCGUGUUGACAGGGCCAAACAUCGGCUGAUCUUUCACCCUCUUGCUACUCCUGCUGCUGCUGUUGGCGAAAGCCAACAACAAGCGAAUGUGAUCUACAACAGUGAGAGGGAUAGCACCAGCAGCGACGCUAUUGAUGACCCACAGCAGCAGCAGCAGCAGGAUCAAAGAUGCAGUGUCCACUAUGUCAAGUUUGAAGGUGUCAUUCAGCAGAUAUGCAAAGGUUUCGAUAUACACUAUAUCUGGUACGAUCAACUUUGUGUCAGCAAUUCGAAUCGGGAAGAAGAAGUACAGCAGAUGCAUCAUUAUUACAGCAAUGCCCAGUUCACGGUUGUGCUUGUUCCAGAAAUGAAAAUAUCAAGAAAAAUACCAAUGGCAGCAACAACAGCAACGAGCUCAACAUACUAUCCUGUCAGCCACCCUAAUAUUGCCCGCUGUAUCCGUGCCAUCCACGAUUCUCAAUGGUCGAUGCGAACAUGGACGUAUCAAGAAGCAAUCGUAUCCGAACGCUUGCUUUUCGUUGGCGAAAAUACGCAUCUAUGGUCAGACUCGAUGCAUAACUUGUACUACAGCCAAUUUGCAGUUGCAUCAUCAGCUUCAACAAGAACGGCUGCUUAUUACGUCAAAUCACUUUGCGAACAACACAAACCAGGCAGGGAGGCAAGCAAUAUACUACGCCAUUUGCACACGCGACAUUGCACCAAAGAACAUGAUCGUGUUUUUGCUUUGGCCAAUCUAUUCCCAAACGUUCGCAACAACAGCAGCAUCACAUACAAGGAGUCGGUUGUACAGCAAAUGGUGGAUGCGUAUACUACCCUUGCAACGUAUGAUCUGACGGUCCUGUGCUUUGGUCGUCCAGCGAAAUCGUAUCCUAGCACUAUGCGACACUACGCUGAUCUUCCAUCAUGGAUCGGUGUGGCUGGCCAACACAUUUAUUCCAAAAGCAGUAAUCACAGCGGAAGCAACAUUCAAAAACUCUGGCCGACCAACAAAGAAAAGAGCAACAGCAGCAAUGACGUUACAGUCCAUAUCCAAAAGUUGGUACGAAGAGUAGUAAUGACGUUGACGCUAGCCAACAACAACAGAACAACACCAGUAGUAGUAGCAGCUACCACCGCCAGUAAUACUGGCUCGCCAGCAACAGCAAAUUAUACUAUACACGAUGGCAUCAUGCACAUGUACUCUGAGAGCAUCCACGUCUUGGUGCAGCCAUGUAACUGGGAUGACGACUUAUUCUCGUCAACAAACCAAACUUUCUCGUAUGAAACGACACUACUGAAAAAGCCAUCUAGCAUCAACCGUGGUGCCGUAGGGCUUACCAAUAACACCAGUACCAGACUGUGGUUGGAUCCCAAGGAUCUCAUUGGCCUCAAGGAGACGACCGGUAUAGAAAUAACCCAUACAUUGCUGCUUCAUUCCCUUGCUGCAACAAACAGCAGCAGAAAAGAUCCGUCCAGAGUGACAUCGAGUAUCUGUUUCUCUCUGACAGAAAAUUGUUCCAACAAUGACUGCGUGGUGAUUCUAUCUGGCAUAGCGUUCGACAUCCAGCACAGUAAGAAAUUCAAGGCCUAUCCAGUCAUCAAGCAGCAGCAACAACAACAAGUUGACGGCAAUGGUACAGCUGCUCCCUUUUACAAAUCAAUAGGAUUGUGCUUUGUUCGCACCGCUUUUGAGCCGCAUUUUGAAUGGAGUGGUGACACAGCUCAUAAGCAACGAUUUGCUAUUGUAUGAAAUUAAAAAACCCUUUCACUCUCAGUGGGACAUGCUGUCAAAAACGAAAUAAUUUAUAUUCCGCUGUUUUUCUCUCGGGGGGAAAGGGAAGGGGAAGAAAAAAAAAAAAAGGU